AUGCCGCCAGGCAAGCCCUUUGGCCAGAGCAGACUCCCGCUGCGGGAUGCUCCAGGACUGCUCCUCCUCACAUCCUUCCUCCUGCAUGUGGAAGACAGCCAUGCCAGCCCAACACGGCUGGUCUGUGACAACAGACUCAUCCACAAGUACAUCGUGGAGGCCAAGGACAUGGAGAAAAGAAUGGGCCAGUGCCAGGCACUGCCUACACUUAGCUGUCCUGCAGUGCUGCCUUCUGUGGACAUCAGCCUCCAGCAGUGGAAAUCCAAAUCGAACGAGACCAAGCGGCAGGAGAUCCUCUGUGACCUGGCACUGGUGGUGGGCGCUGUGGUGGAGGCCCAGGGCCAUGUGACACAGGAAUGUGGGGCCAGGCAGCUGAACCAGCUUUACCAACAUGCCAACUUCUUCUUCCUACUCCUGCAGACCUUCAGCUGGGAGGUAGGGUCCCAAGAGCCAGGCUGCUCCCCACGCACCAUGGAGCAGACCCACGUCCCCAGCAUCUUCCUCACCUACCGGAAGCUGGUGCAGGGCAAGCUGCGCUUCUUCUUCUAUGACCUGGCCAAAGACUUGUGCAAGCAAGGCCAGGGGGGUGGCAGAGACCCCCACUGUGGGGCCAGCUCCCUCCUGCGGCAGUCGCCAGCUCUGCAGGCCAGGUGGCUGCUGCCAGGCAUGGGAGCUACCGUGUACUCACUCCCUGCCAACCUCAUCUCUCAGCCAGUGGAGCCAGAUAUAGAAAAAACAUCCCAGUUUAAUCAAAACCUAGCCCAGGAUGGUUCCUUACAAAGUGGUUCCUAUUCCUGA